AUGUCGCGAGUCAUUCGAAGUGUUGUGGCUGCCGCAUCUACGGUGGCAGUGGCAGCCGUGAUUCGUGUUCCCCUCCAGAAGCGCGAGCUGAGCUUCGAGGAGACCCUGGACUCAGUGAACAUGGGCGUCCAGAAGUGGGAGGCGCGCCUGGCCGCCAGGGGCGACGACCCUGUGAUCAUCGACGACUACAUGAACGCCCAGUACUUCGGUGAGAUCGAGGUGGGCACACCUGGGCAGAAGGAGAUGGUGGUCUUUGACACCGGCUCAAGCAACCUCUGGGUUCCCAACCACAAGCCCUUCCUGUCCAGCCACAACAUCUACGAUCACUCCAAGUCCUCGACUUACAAGAAGAAUGGCACAACCUUUGCGAUCCAGUAUGGUUCAGGCCCGGUUUCUGGUGUGUUCUCGGCAGACGAUGUCGCGAUUGGCGAUCUGAAGCUGAAGGACUACACCUUCGCUGAGGUUGACAAGACGAGUGGCCUGGGAAUCGGCUACAUCCUCGGCAAGUUUGACGGCAUCCUCGGCUUGGGAUGGGAUUCGAUCUCGGUGGGGCACGUGAAGACCCCGAUGAAGGCCCUGGUCGAGUCUGGCAAGCUCCCGAAGCCCAUUUUCGCUUUCUACCUCGGCAACAAUCAGCCGGGUGAGCUUCUCUUCGGCGGCGUGGAUCCCAAGCACUACAGUGGAGACUUUAGCUUCGUUCCCUUGUCUUCCGCGACCUACUGGCAGAUCAAGCUGGAUGCUGUCAAGCUCGGCAGCGACAGCGUGUCGAGCGUGAAGAGUGCCAUCGUGGAUUCUGGCACCUCUCUGUUGGCCGGACCCAAAGACGAUGUGGCCAAGAUUGCUGCGAAGCUGGGUGCCAAGUCCAUUUUGGGCAAGGAGUACGUGGUGGACUGCAGCGCCAAGCUGCCGGACCUCACCUUCACCUUGGGUGGGAAGGACUACACCCUCUCGCAGCCUGACCUCAUCUUGCAGCAAUCCGGCUCGCAAUGCAUCCUCGGCCUUACCGGCAUCGACGUCCCCGCGCCGCGGGGUCCUCUCUGGAUCCUGGGAGAUGUCUUCAUGCGCAAGUACUACGUCCAGUUCGACUGGGGACAGCAGCGCCUGGGCUUCGCCAAGGCGGUCCAAGCGGCUUCCGAGGCUUCCGUCUUGAUGGUGUGA